AUGGAGAACUACUCCUAUAGCUCCUACCCGGAAUCCGGCGACUCGUCCCCUCGCUCCCGCGAGAUCGAUUUCGAGAACCCUCCGCCAUGGGACGUCGACCAAGCUAAUUCGCAGUCCCAGAACUACAAAGUCAAGUUCAUGUGCAGCUAUGGCGGCAAGAUCCUCCCCCGCCCGCACGACAACCAGCUCUGCUACGUCGGCGGCGAGACCAAGAUCCUCGCCGUCGAUCGCAGCACCAAGUUCGCCGCUCUCGUCUCCAAGCUCUCCUCCCUCUCCGAAACCGACGUGUCGUUCAAGUACCAGCUCCCCGGCGAAGACCUCGACGCCCUGAUCUCUGUCACCAACGACGACGACUUGGAGCACAUGAUGCACGAGUACGAUCGCGUCUACCGGACGUCCGCUAGGCCUGUCCGCAUGAGAUUGUUCCUCUUUAACGCCAGCCCCGACGGCGGAUUCGGGUCGGAUGGUGGAAGAUCCGAUAGGGAUCGGUUCGUUGAAGCUCUAAAUUCCAGUCCCGCCCAGGGACCCGACUCGAAUUCCAAGCCUCCUGUCCAAAAUAACGUCGACUUUCUCUUCGGUUUGGAAAAGGGAGGCGUCGCUGCCGUCGUGCCGCCUCCUCCGCCCGCGGUGCCUGUGGUACCGGAACACGUGGCGCCGCCACCAGAAUUCCAGGUCAGGUCGGGUCACGGUGACCGGGUGGUCGGGUCGGAUCCGGUGGAGUUCCAGAGGCAUUUGCAGAGGCUACAAAUUGCAGAGCAAGAUCAUCAGCAAGCCAUGUAUCGGAGACAGGUUGACGAGAAUCUCGUCGGAGGGUAUGGCGGCGGUGCCGGAGAUUAUUACGUACAGAAACUUCCAGAGAAGGCGCCUCCGGUGACGGUGCCGCCGCCGGCGGGGUACUGGGCGGAGAAGCAGGUCCCGAGUGUGGGGUUUCCAGGGACGGCCGCACCUGAACAGCCGAUGUACAUGAUCACAGCCACCACCGGAGGCGGCGGUAUGUAUCACGCGCCGCCGCCAAUGGUGCGACCGGUGACCGGCCCGCCCGGUCAAGGGUACUACCACAUGCAGCCGCGGAUGGGGUCUGAAGUUUACCGGGAACAGCCGGUGUACAAUGUGGUACCACAGCCGCAGCAGCAGCCAAGUACUCUGCCGCCGCAGCAGCAGCCAAGUACUCUGCCGCCGCAGCAUCAGCCAAGUUCUCUGCCUCCCCAGCCUCAGCCAAGUUCUCUGCCUCCGCAGCCCCCAAAAUAUGUGGCGACGUACGCAGAGGCGUCGCCGUAUACUCAGAUGGCGUACGAUAGCGUGACGGGGAGGCAGGUGUACUAUACUGCGCCAGGAGGUGGGGUUAUGCAGCCACCGCAGCAGCAGGCGUACCAAGCUGUGGGUCCCCCGGCAGUUGGCGGUGAAUUGCGAGUGGCCAGCGGGUUGAGUCAAGAGGGUAAGGUGGUGGGUUCAAAGCUUCCACAGACUUCGGUGUGA